AUGGCUUUGGCUAGAGCGUUCACCAAGCGCAGCAAGCGCCCCGAGGUCUCGGCACCGAUGCCAUACCGGGAACCACAUAAGCACGCUGGUCCGAUCAAUCGAGACAAGAUCUCGGCUCCCGUGGAGUUGUUGUCGACGACGAACAUGCUGGCUUACAAUGCGCCCGACAUCCAUUCGGCAACUUCGUCUUCUACCUCGUCAUUGCAGUCGCCCGACGAUUCGGAAAUGUCUUUCACACAACGCAGUUUUGGGUCGCCACUGACUACACCCGAUGAGUCGCCCAUCGAGCCAAACCCAUUGCCUUCCUAUUUCCCGAAGCGAUCUGCCACCAUCACGAGCCACCCUCGCUCCUCGACAUCGACCAACUCCUCUACGGAUGCGCCACUGGUUCCCAAACGGGCGCUCUCCCACACCAAGCGGACCCACCAAGAGCUUGCUCGCCAGCGUUCCUUGUCUCGGCUAUCCCCACCUCCUUUGAACUCGUUGCGCAAUGCAUCUGCUGCACGUCAGACACAGGAUAGCUACAAGGCCGAGCCCCAUCCAUUUAGCAAGGAACUCGAGCAAGUGAAUGAGGUGGUUGAGGAGUUCGGUGGCACCCGUAUACUCGACGAUGAGGAGCUGAUUCUACGAGACAAGGGAUUAAUGAAGUUCACCGCAGAUGACUAUCUCGUGGAGAUCGAGGCCCUUUAUGGCAGCGUCUUUGAUGAUUAUCUUGGUCCGAUAGGUACGGGGGCAUGGCUUUGA